AUGUUGGGCAGCGUAAGCGCUCGCUUGUUCACCAUGAAGGGCGUCAAGGAGAUGGAUUUGCCGGUGCGUUGGGAUCCUGCAAGGGGUUUCUAUGCAGCUUCUUGGACACCUUUGCCACCAGAUCCAAUCUUCCAAGAUGAUGUGAGCACCGGACGAUACUACAGGCAACUCAUUGUUCGCCUGGAUGGCAAUCAGAUCAUCAACUCUCCGAUGCCGGUGACUAUCCUCUUGGCGAUCUCAGAUCCCUCUCAGUCCUUCGUCAUGGCAGGUGACUACACGAUCGCCAAGGCUGGAGAGCCGGUCUGGUACCAGGUGCGCUCCGCCACCUUGGCAGGGCGCCUUCGUGUGACUGGUGGCGAUGUCUACGAAGUGCUCUUCGAGGGGCCGGCGCACGAUCCGUUGAUGGGAGAUGAUCGAUUUGAUGGUACAGUGAUCGACAAUUUGAAUGGCUCUUACACCGUCAACUUUGAGAUCCAAAGGCCAGGGUACUAUAACAUGCGUGUGUUCUUGAACACCGUCGAGAUCGGGCCGUCGCCCUUCUUGGGCGUUCUCAUUUGGGAUGACCUCUCAGCGCCAUUGACCACGGCCUUUGGCCCAGGCAUCAGCCCUGCGCAGAAUGUGCCCGGCAAUCCUGCGCGGAUCAUUGCAGGUGUGAACACCUCUUUUGACAUCAGUGCAAAAGAUUCCUAUGAUGUGCAAUAUUUCCGUGGCGGAGGAAUGUUUCGACUCUCCACGCCCGUGAUGGACAUGGGCCCUGGCGUCAACGUGACCUUCGACAGUGGCUUCACAUCUCCUGAGGACUACAGCUUCAUCACGGACAACAACGAUGGAAGCUACUCUGUGGAGUACCGGCUGUGCCAGGCGGGACUGACGGCCAUGACUAUUGAGCUCUACACCACAGAGGCUUGGCGGCCGAUUGGCAGCAGCCCCUUCCUAUUGCAGGUUCUUCGUGGCGAGCUGGUGGCAGAAACCUCCAAGGUACACCCUCCCAUCUCGCAAGUUUUCAGCGGAGUGCCCAAUACCAUGCAAGUGGAUCUUCGAGAUGCCUGUGGAAACAAUGCAAAUGAUGAAGCAAUGCAAAGUUUGUACAUCUCUUUGGAGCGCAUCGAGAAUGGUACCCAAGAGGCCCUUGUCUUUGAAGCUGUGCGCUCCACUCCGGGAGAGGUCACGGUCUUCUUCACUCCCAUGCAACGUGGCGAGCACCGUUUGGUGGUCCUAGGCGAUGGCGUGCCGGUGCAGCGUGCACCAAUGUACUUCACCGUGAUGCCAGCCACUUCAGUGCCCGACUCGCGCAACUGGCUCCUGCCGGCCAUAGGCGCCUCAACGCAGUCCACCUUCGAGAUCUUGAACUCGCCAUGCCACGCGGGCGACUUCGCCACCAUCAAGGUGACAGCCCGAGAUAUGUGGGGUGACCCGCUGGUGCACGGGCACUAUGCCUUUAUGAUCUACUUUUGGCGUGAGAUGGAAGGUUUUGAUGCCGAUUCAUUGCGUUGUCAGCCUCUCUGCGAAGGACCUGCCGCCCAAGCAACAAGGCUUGUGGUCCCUGAUGCAAGAGUUACGCUGAGAUCUGUUCAGGCAGAGGUCUAUGAGUUCUCGCUUAUGUCCAACGUUUCUGGCAACUAUCAUGGCGCCGUGAGUGUCUUAAGACCGGGAGCCUUCUACGGAGUUUGGUACAACAAUUUGAACCACUCGAAGCGGGUCUUCACCGAGAUGCUGCGAGGACCCCUGGAACUGGACUGGGGAAUCCACGGACCUGGCGGAACACUUCCCAGCAACAAGUUCUCGUUGCAGAUUCUUGGUUGGCUUCGAAUCCCAGCCAGCGACAGGUACACGUUCCAAUUGAACUCCGACACUGGCGGUCGUGUAUUUCUGAAUGGCACAGAAAUAUCCCCAAGUGGCUCCAGCGGUAUUGACCGGGGCAACAGUGCUGUAGACAUGGCUGCUGAACUUCAGCAAGGUUUUGUUCCGAUUGAGAUCUUGUACGACCACUGGAUGGGUGAGACCACCCGUAACAUCCCGGCCUUUUUGAGCUUUGGUUUCGGGAGCAACACCGUGCCAUUCCACAUUUUGCAGGCCGAGGACAUGUACUACGAGGAGAUGUUGCAUCAGCCGUACAACCCCUUCAUGCACGUGGUGAACCCUGCCAUUGACGUUCACAGCUUGGAGGUUGUUGGGGGCUUGCGAAACAAUGCCCUUCAUGGAGUGGUUGGAAAGGACGUGUUUCUCCGUUUGCAGUCUGCGGAUCGCUACGGCAAUUUGCAGACUCGCCGCGACCCUGCGUCCUAUUUGCACCUCCGCAGUGAUCCCCCCGAUGUGGCGGGCCGACGUAGCAGCGAUAUGCUCAGCAGCCGACACUGGAGGAUCGAACCAUUGCAGAGCGGGGCCUGGGACGUGGUGCUCAUUCCCGAAGGCCCUGCGCCUCAAGCGCACAACUUGACCUUUGAGCUCUACAGUCAAAGCUCUGAACUCUUUGGUGGGCUCCGCCCGGUGGCCACUACCAGCCUCUUGUUGCACCUCUCAGUGAACCUCCCGGUGGCAGAGACUUCAAGCCUUCUUUGUGUCCCUCCACCACCUUGGCCGGUGGGCGUUGAAGUAACCUGUUCAUUAGUGCCUCGUGACGUCCAGGGCAACGAGAUUCAAGGCCUGCGAAGGGUGUCGCUCUAUGCGUUGCCACCCGACAGUGCGGAAGAGCUCACCACGACGUUGCACGUGGCAGAUCCACUGGACGUUGCACGGCAGUUCCGUUUGUUCCCCACAAAAGCGGGGCUUUGGAGACUUCGUGCUCAAGUGAUCCUCCUGGAGAACAUCACAGUGGACCUCAGCACCUGGCCAAUUGAGGUGCUUCCGGGUUUGAGCUCGGCGCAUCGAGCACAAGCCCUGCCUCCGCAGACGGUGAUCACCAAUGUGCCCUUUGAUGUGCCCGUUUACUCCUUCGAUGAGUAUGAGAAUCCUGUUGAGACGGGCACAGAUGUCUUCCUUAUGAAGAUGACAGGUGGCUACCAUGGCCGGUUGGAGCAGAAGCCGAUGGUGGACUACCUUGAGAAUAACACUUACAUGGUCCAGAACUUGUUUGUUGUGAGCCGAGAUCUUUUCCAACUCCACAUUGACCUCAUGUCUUUGCGCCACAACAACAGCCUCUCUCAGUGCCCUGAGCUCUCUCCUGUGCCAGGCGGUGAGAUCUACCAACUCUCUGAGCAGCGGGCGAUCGGCAGCCGCGCAACGUUGCGCUGCUAUUCAGGUUUUGCGCAGGCCGGCGGUGAAGAGGAGCUCCUCUGCGAAUGGCCGCAGCCGAGCGCAGCCACAAGCCAGGUGGCUGGCUAUGCUGAGUGGUUCAACCUCUCCUCCAUGCCGGCCAGUGGUUUGAUGUGCCGCGAAAGGCCGCUUUGGUGUCCGGUAGCUUCACCUGUCCACUUUGGACGCUUGCUGAUGCGUGACUGGCGGCGCCAGGUUGGGAGCGUCGAAACUAUGGAGUGCAUAGAGGGUCACGUUCGUCUAUUGGGAGAUCUUCAUAUCGUUUGUGGCUCCCGUCAUGGGGAGGGCACAUGGCUGGCUCCGGAUGGCACAAAGCAGAUCCCUGCUGCCUGCAUGCCAUUGCAGAACUUUUGCCCUCCUUUGGACUUGAACAGCUCCUUCAUAUGGGCUGCAAGUCAUGGCCGUGAUCCGGGCAGUGUUGUGAAGCUGCGAUGCCAAGUAGGUCUGAUUCCAAGUGCAGGCGAUUCCACAUUGGUGUGUGGUUCUGAUGGCAUUUGGCGGAAGCCCAUUUACACUUUGCCCCAGCCACUCAGUGAGGUGCUGAGCUGUGCUCCUCAUCCGAACUUUUGCUCGGAUCCUUCGCCUUUGCUCCUUGAGGGUGCCAUCGCGCACAUGUCCGAGAUGCACUUGAACGCCACUGUGUUGGUGACAUGUGCCGUUGGCUAUGAGCCCAGUGGCGGUGAAGACAUGGGGCUUUGUGGGAUUCACCCCGAGGAUGACAGCCGAGGGCGUUGGGUGAGUCCAUCCAGCAUCAGCAAGGGACAGGUACCUUGGAAACCGUUGCGCUGCCGCUUGAAGCAGAGUUAUUGCCCGACGAUCCAGAUGAGCCACGGGAUGCUGCUUUCCCUCUCCAAGGAGCGGUUCCUCCAGAGCCAAGCGCAUGUGGGCUGUGCAGAGGGUUAUGCGCCCGCUGGGGGCUUCGAUGCCUUCACUUGUGAAGCCUCCACUUCUUUGACGGGCGAAUGGCGUGCUAGUGAUGGAAUCUCAGAUCUCUCGCAAAAGCUUCAGUGCAGCAAGGUCGUGGAGUACUGCCCGGUGCCAGUGCCUCCAGAAGGGACAUACUUUGUGAUGAGUGCUGGGUUGGAGAUGGACAGUGCCACUCGAAGAGAAUAG